CAAGAUUCCAAAACCCCCAAAACUAACAAUUUGUCCAUUCUUUUAAUUGCAGAGGGAGAAGAGUAGAGGAUUUUAUUUGAAUCACUUUUUUUUUUUUUAUUUCGAUUUUUCCUUCUCCGAUCAAAUCAUGUAUCAUCGGUGAGCUUGACAAAAUGGUUAAUGGUGCUAAUAAUUAGCAAGGGGAGACCUUCUUGGUAUAAGUUUAUGAUUAUUGAUGACCAUUGUUAGGUUCAGUUGCUAUAGGCAUAACAUGUGAUUCUGCUUUCUCAAGAUACUUGUCCUUGAUAUAAAAAUGUGGAGUUUUGCAUCCAACUGCAUAGCAGGAAAUGUUGGUUUGAGCAGUACUUCAAAGCUAACUCAAGAUGCAUCAGAAUCAGAUUGCUCAGAUGAUGAGGUGUCUUCUCUUGUUAGCAGAGAAGAAGGCCUAGAGUGCCCAAUAUGUUGGGAGUCCUUCAAUAUUGUGGAAAAUGUUCCUUAUGUUUUAUGGUGCGGUCAUACGCUGUGUAAAAAUUGCGUACUAGGACUUCAAUGGGCAGUUGUGAAAUUCCCGACAUUACCAAUUCAACUUCCCCUCUUUAUUUCCUGUCCGUGGUGCAAUCUCUUAUCCUUCCGUCUUGUCUAUAGAGGUCACUUGAAGUUUCCUCGCAAGAACUACUUUCUACUUUGGAUGGUUGAAAGUAAGAAUGAUGAUGGACGUAAGUCCUGUAAUACCUUCUGUGAAGAUCAUCAACCCCAAUGGUCACCAGACAGCAAUUUAGCCCCCAGAAAUGAGUCGAGUCACAGUAACAUCAGAAGGGGACAUAUUCUAGAACCAUCAAGAACAAACCAUGACCAUAAUCAGGGCAAUGCUAUCCUCAAUUUUGGAAGAAUAAAUUCUUCCCUUCAGAAGUCACUGGUUUUCUUCAUUCAUCUGACAGCUAAGUUUCCUUUGGUCAUUAUAUUCCUUUUGAUCAUUUUAUAUGCCAUACCUGUUAGUGCAGCCAUUUUGGCCCUGUACAUUCUUAUUACAGUUCUGUUUGCUAUCCCGUCAUUUUUAAUACUGUACUUUGCUUAUCCUAGUUUGGAUUGGCUUGUCAGAGAAAUCUUCACUUGAUAGGCGAUUAGCUUCUUAGUCUGUUAUCUUUGUGAAUAGAAGUUUGCACAUAGAAAGUGGCUUCUUUUUUAUUUAGAUUCCUAGCCUAUGUAAUUUGACGACUUUCCAGUUUCCAAGGCUGCCUCAAUUUUUUUGGCUUCCAGGCUGUUACGUACACAUUCUUAAAAUCGUACAUGUUUAGAUGCACAUCAGCUUCUGUAUAAUUUGGCUGGGAUCAAGGGUGUGUGUAGUCUGGAAUUUUUGGAGACAAUGAAGGCCCGACCCAUGGAAACCUCACCUGCCAAUUUAGGGUUGAUUUGCGGAUUAGCAAAGCUAUUGUAAGUGUACAACAUAGUUUAGUAGUGUGAGGGCUUUUACUAACUAGCUUGAUUUCUUCUUUGUAUGGAGACCCAUGUUUAUUGAAUCUAUGUUGUAGUUCUGCUCCCCAUGUGUAUAAUUUUCUGUGUAUGAGUUCUGAUGGAUUCUGAAAGGAAAACCAAAAGAAAUAGCAGUGCUGGUGCUGUAUUUUAAUGAGUCUUCAAUGUUCUAAACUAUUGCAACCAGAUAUUUUCUGAACUGCUGAAUAACGAGUGGAACUUCAAUUUUAAA